AUGACGAUCCUGCCCAAAAAGAAGCCCAGCUCCGGGGUCGCGGAUCACGCUGAUGACAGCGACCGCCGGAGCGUCGCGGACCCUCACCAGCACCCGCACCCUCACGCGGGGAGGACCGGAGCCCGGCCACGGGCUUCUCCCCCGCCAUGGUCGUACCAGCCCGCGCCGGCCUCCGCGAGAGACGAACGGCGGAGCAUUGAGGCGAGCUCCCGGCCGCAGCAGGCCUCUCCUCCGCCUGGCGGCUCCGUGGCCCCCGCCGGGCCGUGCGACGGUCGGGACGGUGGCGGCGGCGUCGGCGGCAUGGUGGCGACCUCUCGCGGGGACCUGGUGGUGCAGGCCGGCGUGGUGGGUUGCGGCGGAAGUAUCGGCAGCUGCUGCUCCGGGCCCGGCCUCAGUAAGAGACGGCGACAAGCGGGCACCUGCUCCGGUGGGGCGGCGCUAGCUGGAGGGGGCCAAGCCGGCGUGAGCGGUCCUGGCGGCGUAGGCUCGAGCCAGGAAACGGACGAGGGAGCCGGUGGCAACAACAGCGAAGACGAGUACGAGAACGCCGCCCGACUGCAAGCCGUUGACCCGGCCACCGCAGAGCAGCAGGAGCACUGGUUUGAAAAAACUCUGCGGGACAAGAAAGGUUUUGUCAUAAAGAAGAUGAAGGAGGACGGGGCUUGCCUCUUCCGAGCUGUUGCUGACCAGGUGUAUGGCGAUCAGGACAUGCAUGAGGUGGUGAGAAAACACUGCAUGGACUACCUGAUGAAAAACGCUGACUAUUUCUCCAACUAUGUUACGGAGGACUUCACCACAUACAUCAACAGGAAGAGGAAAAAUAAUUGCCAUGGUAACCACAUUGAGAUGCAGGCAAUGGCAGAGAUGUACAACAGGCCAGUGGAGGUGUACCAGUAUGGCACAGAACCAAUCAACACCUUCCACGGAAUCCACCAGAACAACGAUGAGCCCAUCCGAGUGAGCUACCAUCGCAACAUCCACUACAACUCUGUGGUCAACCCCAACAAGGCGACCAUUGGGGUGGGCCUCGGCCUGCCCGCCUUCAAGCCUGGGUAUGCAGACCAGUCCCUAAUGAAGUCAGCCAUCAAAACGUCCGAGGAGUCGUGGAUCGAGCAGCAGAUGUUGGAAGACAAGAAGCGAGCGAGUGACUGGGAGGCGACGUGUGAAGCUAUUGAGGAGCAGGUGGCCAGGGAAUCGUACCUGCAGUGGCUUCGGGACCAGGAGAAGCAGGCCCGACAGCCCAGGAAAGCCAGCGCCACUUGCAGUUCGGCGACAGCGGCGGCCUCCAGUGGCCUGGAGGACUGGGCCGCUCGAUCGCCACGGCAACGAGACACUGACCCCUCCCACUCUGACCACACAAGCUCCCCCUCAACUGUCAUCAAGCCGCCUUCCCCGGCUGGUGCUGCCCUCCUCCUUAACAAGCCACCCUCGCCUUGCGCUCCAGGUCCCAGUAAUCAGAGCCGUCAUCAUUUAGAGUACAGAGCCAUUAUGCAGGAGAUGUCACCUACAGCAUUUGGUCUGAGCGACUGGGAGGACGAUGAAAUCCUGGCAUCAGUCCUGGCGGUGUCCCAGCAGGAAUAUUUGGACAGCAUGAAACAUCAGAGUGGCACCGUACAGCAUAGAGAUCGAGAGGCAUCGCCCGACAGCAGCUGA